UUCAACCAUUUGUUUCUUCUGAUCAGAAGGCGAGACAGAGUGGGAAAAGCCCUUGCAUUUCUCAUGAACUGUGGAGUCGUGUUGGGAUUCUAUUGCUGGGGUUGGGAGUUCUUAACUGCCCUUCUUCUCUUCUCUUCAACUGCUCCUCCUUCGGUUUAAUCUCAUAAAUUUCUUUCUACUGUCCUUUCUCCUCUCCGCAGUUUCUUGAUUUACAGAAUAGAUUUGAUAGAGGUAGAUUUAGAUUUUGAUAGAAGUCGAGAUUUUGUUGUACGUGUUGUUAUUGUGGUGGUCGGAUAUGAUGGAGGGUGAUCACUGUGAAAAGGGGUUGUUGGAAUAUGUGAGAAAAUCAACGCCACCACCUUUCCUACUCAAGACCUAUAUGCUGGUAGAAGAUCCGGCCACCGACGGUGUCAUCUCCUGGAACAGCGACGGGACGGCGUUUGUGGUGUGGCAGCCAGCGGAGUUCGCCAGAGAUUUGCUUCCCACCCUCUUCAAACACAGCAACUUCUCCAGCUUUGUCCGGCAGCUUAAUACUUAUGGGUUUCGCAAGGUGGCAACGAGCCGGUGGGAGUUCUGCAACGAAAUGUUCCGAAGAGGGGAAAGAGAGCUGCUCUGCGAGAUCCGGAGACGAAAGGCAUGGACCAAGCAGCAGCAGCAACAACAGCAAGCUGUGGGUGGACCAGCUGAUCAAAAUGGAGUACAAGAGCUGGAAGAAGAUCAAAGAUCAUCGUCAACUUCAUCUUCAUCAGGAUACAGUAGCCUGGUGGAUGAAAACAAGCGGCUGAAGAAGGAAAAUGGGGUGCUGUGCUCAGAGCUGACAAGCAUGAAGAACAAGUGUAAGGAGCUUCUCGAUUUGGUGGCAAUGCAUGCGGGGCCAGAGAAGGAAGAAGAAGAUGAUGAGAGGCCAAAGCUGUUUGGGGUGAGGUUGGAGGUUCAAGGAGAUAGGGAGAGGAAGAGAAAGAGAGCUGAGAUUAGUGAAACUGCUAGCAUUUUACUAUCCCAAUCAUGCAAAUAACUAGCCAUACACAUAUAUAUAGAAAAUACUAGGGCUUCCUUUGUAGCUACUUAAAGAAAAGUGGCUCUUAAGUCUUAAGAUAUAUAUAUAAAUGGCUAAGUCUUAAUUAAUAAAGCUAGUUAUGAUUUUGUACAAUAUUGUUUGUACUCUCUUUUUAUCAAAGGUUAUAAAAAUGGGCAUAAGCCUGUUUGUUUUUA